AUGUAUAAGGGAGGAAUAGAAGAAGACGAGGUUGCAUUGGAGGUCUUUCUCGGAGCUGAAGCUCUUGUGAAGGACAGCGGCGUUGCGGGAGCCGAAAAGAUCGUGUUCAAGAAGUGCGAUGCUUAUGAGGGGCGAAACAUCGUGAAGAUGCAGGAGAAGGGAUUGAAAAAAUUUCCCAUGCUUUACGUUUCGAUCGAAGGGCAGGGGAUGGAGCGGUACACCAGGGAAAUGAUGCCUGAGAAGCUUUCCGAAUUUAUCCUGACAAAGCUGGAGGAGACGACUGAGGAGGACGUCUUUCCAUAUAGCGAGGACCUGAUCACAGACCAGUAUCCUGUCUUUGUCAAGUUCUAUGAGAAGUGGUGCUCUCGAUGCCUUGCAAUGAAGAAGGCUUUCGAGAAUGCUGCCACGAGGAUGUCCGGCCGAGUCAUUUUCAUGGAAGUGGAGUGCUCGUCGUCAGAUCUCGCGCAGGAGUUUUGCACUAAGCAUGACGUUGAUGGUUAUCCUACCCUGAAGCUCAUGGGCGGAAAGUUCACUCAGGCGAUCUUAUUCGAAAGAGAUCGCAACGUGCAGGGAUUCAUCGAGUUCCUUAACGAACACAUUCCUGAGAUUGUUGAUGAGGAGGAGAACAAUCUGGAGACUGAGAGUACAGACAGCGUUGAAAGUGGGUCAAUUGGGAAUGACAGACAAGAGUUAUGA